GUCUCUCGAGGGUAACACAGAUAGGAGCUCGCGAGUGUGUUCAGAAGGAGAGCAUAUCAACAGUUGACGGAAUUACUCGCAGGGCGAUACACAAGACCAUUCUUGACAGAACUAUCCAACACCGUAUCCAUGCAAUGUAACCAAUGUCGGACGGAGUCAGCACACCAUCCACAUACCUUCCGAGCAAUAGCCAUUGGUGCACUUGCGAAGACGGCUUGGGCGGAGGUCAUCACGCACUGAUGUUGAUACUUGUUCGUCUGGUCAUGCUUACCCUCCUGGGCGUGAAGAUCGACCAAUUCAGAUGUGGCAUGACCCCGAUCUUGCCACUGAGGAGCGCCUUAUCCUGCGGCAUCUACCAAAGAGCCAUGUUUACAAGGGAUUCUUGCAGAGAGAUAGCGGGUUGGUGUGCGUGAAGCGGAUGGGGGAGGGGGCAGCGCUAAUCUCAGAAGCUCCUGAGUAUUAUUGAUCCUUCUUUGCCAUCUGGCCUAGCCCACAGGCCAUUUCUCAGCCUGACAGAAGCUUGUAUACGG